ACACAUCUCAUAGAUCACUUUACAGAUCGGUUCGCUCGUCUUUCUCCAAACACAAGAACAACUUUUCAAGUAGAAAAAUUAUGGCAUCGAAAGAAGAAAUUGUCAAGGAAGAGAAACUUCAUGUCAAAAUGAAGACAGAGGAAGUGGAUACAAAGGAGAAGGGAGAGAAUGUUGAGUUGGAGAUGGACGUGAAGGCGAAGUCUAUUGAGAAGGUUAAAACAAAGAAGGAGGAGGAGAGUGGAGAGAAAUCAAAGAAGAAAAAGGACAAGAAGGAUGACUCAAAAGAUAAAGAUGAGAAACAUGACAAGAAGAAAGAUGGAAAAGUUGUCUCCAAGAAACAUGAAGAAGGCCAUGGAGAUGUCGAGGUCAAAGACAGUGAUGUAAAAGUGAAAGAGGAAGAGAAGGAACAGAAGAAGAAAAAGAAGGACAAAGAGAGUAAACAUGAGGAUGUACCACAAGGAAAGGAGGAGGUAGAAGAAGAAAAGGAUGGUAAAAAGAAGAAGAAGAAAGAGAAGGAUGAAUCAGGAUUAGAGGAAAAGAAGAAGAAAGAUGAUAAAGAGAAGAAACAUGAGGAUGUAUCACAACAAAAGGAGGAGUUAGAGGAAGAAGAUGGUAAAAAGAAGAAGAAGAAGAAAGAGAAGGAUGAAUCAGGAACAGAGGAAAAGAAGAAGAAAGAUGAUAAAGAGAAGAAACAUGAGGAUGUAUCACAACAAAAGGAGUUAGAAGAAGAAGAUGAUAAAAAGAAGAAGAAGAAGAAAGAGAAGGAUGAAUCAGGAUCAGAGGAAAAGGAUAAGAAAACUGAUAAAGAGAAGAAACAUGAGGAUGAAGAUAAAGAGAAGAAACAUGAGGAUGUUUCACAAGAAAAGGAGGAGUUAGAGGAAGAAGAUGGUAAAAAGAAGAAGAAGAAAGAGAAGGAUGAAUCAGGAACAGAGGAAAAGAAGAAGAAGGCAGAUAAAGAAACAAAACAGAAAGAUGAAUCCAAGGGUAAGAAAGACAAGAAGUUGAAAGGGAAGAAGGAUGAUGAGGCUGGGAAAGAAGAUGAUGCAGAAGAUCAUGAGAUGAAAGAAGAAGAAGCGGAACAUAAGGAGGGAAAGAAAAAGAAGAAUAAAGGUAAGGGGAAGAAGAAGGAAACAGAUGAGAUAUGUGAGAAAGAAUCAAAAGAUAAAGAUGAGGAUGAAGGAGAAACAAAGAAGAAAAAGGAUAAGAAGGGGAAGGGUAAAAAGGAUGACAAAGAAGACAAGAAGAAGGAGAAAAACCUUGAAACUGAAGUGGUGUCGAGAGAUAUUAUAUUAGAAGAACCAGAAGCUGAGAAGAAGAGUAUCAAAGAUGUGGAGGAAGAAGAUGACAAGGAAGAGAAGAAGUCUAAAGGAGAAGGCGGUGAGAGUGAAGAGGGGAAGAAAAAGAAGAAGAAAGAUAAAGGAAAGAACAAGAAGAAAGAUACAAAGGAAACGAAAAAGACCGAGGUUGAAGAAGAGGAGAAAGAUCAUGCUAAGGAUGUCAAUAUAGAAGGGUCAAAAGCUGAAGAUGGUGAUGAGGAAAAGGAGGGAAAAACAAAGAAAAAGGACAAGAAAGACAAAGAUGGGAAGAAGAAGAAGGGUGGUAAUGAUAUAACUAAGCUGAAAUCGAAGCUGGAAAAGAUCGAUGAAAAAAUCGGAGCCUUAAUGGAGCAAAAGGCAGAAAUCGAAAAUCAGAUUAAAGACGCAGAGGGAGAGCAAUGUAACUGAACUUACUUAUAUGGACUUGGCAACAUCCACAGAGAAGAUGAGGCUACAUGUUUCUUGGUAUACGGUUGCACUUGACUUCAAUUUGUAUUUUACUAUAUUCUAUUUAUGUUGAGUUGUUAUAAAUUUCAAAUUUUUUU